AUGGAUACCUCCUCAGUUCCUCACCUUGACUACAGUCUGCAGUACCAGUGGUUCUCCGACUCGGACCUCUCCAGCAUCUCCUCCCCAGAGACACUUUCUCCUGUCCACUCCAUGGACUCCAGCCUCUCUCCUAGCUACCAGCAGCUUCCACACCUCAAGUCCUCACCAUGCUCCUUGUCCGGACGUGGGCGCAGGACUGGGAGGCCCACUCGGAUCCGGAGCAAGCAGAGGGAGAGCGCCAGCGAAAAGGAGAAAUUAAGGAUGAGGGAUCUGACUAAGGCUCUACAUCACCUCAGGUCCUACCUUCCACCUUCGGUGGCACCUGCCGGACAAACUCUGACGAAGAUAGAAACCCUCCGACUCACCAUCCGCUACAUCUCCUACCUCUCAUCCCAGCUGGGCCUCAGCGAAGAGGUGCUGUUUCAGAGGAGGGAACGAGCAGACGCCUCAGUCAGUGACACGUCAUCCACUGACAUCCUCAGCUACUUCCAGAGUGCUUCCACAGGAGGACAAGUGACUCAGAUGCAGAGCCAGAAUCUGAUCCAGAGCAGCCUGUACCCAACACCAUGUUAUAGCCAGAAUACUGUGCUGCAUUCUGGGAAUUGUAGUAUUGGAGUGGAUCAGCACCACAGACCAUACAAUGAAGCUCCCCAGAGAGAUAUGAGCAUGGACGGUAUCCUACAGUCGCCUCCAGUGCCACAGCCUUCCUGUCAGAUGUGUGGCAAAGACUUCUGCACCCCGCUGGUUCCAAGGGAGUAUUGGGGUUGA